UUGCACCUUGACGUUCCGACUCCUUCUUGAUGCACUGGAGGCAGAAGGUGUGCAGGCAUUUCAGCAUGCGUGGGUCUUGGAACAGGUUGGAGCAGACGGUGCAUUUUGCCGUAUUAGGACUUGCCAUAGCAGAGUAGUCCUAGGAAUUGAUAAGAUAAUACUUUCAGUUACAACAAGACCACCCCAGAAAACUCUAGCUAGCUCACAA